CCCGGAUGAUGGCGGCCGGCGCGGCUAAAGCCCUGGCCCUCUGGCUAUUCCUGCAAGCAGUAGGAGUGGGAGAGGCGGGGCCUCCGCCCAUCCAGGACGGCGAGUUCACAUUCCUGCUUCCCGCCGGGAGGAAGCAGUGCUUCUACCAGUCCGCGCCGGCUAACGCUAGCCUGGAGACUGAAUACCAGGUGAUCGGAGGUGCUGGGCUGGAUGUGGAUUUCACCUUGGAGAGCCCUCAGGGUGUGCUGUUGGUCAGUGAGUCUCGAAAGGCUGAUGGGGUGCACACGGUGGAGCCUACUGAGGCCGGGGACUACAGGCUGUGCUUUGACAAUUCCUUCAGUACCAUCUCAGAGAAGCUAGUGUUCUUCGAGCUCAUCUUUGACAGCUUCCAAGAUGACGAGGAGGUAGAAGGUUGGGCUGAGGCUGUGGAGCCGGAAGAGAUGCUUGAUGUCAAAAUGGAAGACAUCAAGGAAUCCAUAGAGACCAUGAAGACCCGGCUCGAACGGAGCAUCCAGAUGCUGACUCUGCUGCGAGCAUUUGAGGCUCGUGAUCGUAACCUUCAAGAAGACAACUUGGAGCGGGUCAACUUCUGGUCAGCUGCCAAUGUGGCUGUGCUGCUGCUGGUGGCCGUGCUGCAGGUCUGCACACUCAAACGCUUCUUCCACGACAAGCGCCCUGUACCCACGUAGCCCCUGCCACAGAGGAUGAAGGAAACAGCGGAGGACAGCAGGCGUGUGUGACUUGCUGGAGACCUCCAGAUUCUUGACGAGACACUGCUCAGUUGGGUCCUUGGCAGUGGCCCCUGUGUCUCCCUGAAUGAGCAGGGAGUGCCAACGGCUUGGAGACCCCUUGGAAAGGGGAGGCUCAGCAACAGUGCCUGUUUCUUGUGAGUGGGAAGUGUUAGGCACUGCAGUGCAGGGAUGUUUGGCCCUCAGAUGCCCUGGUUUUCUCCAGAAAUUGUGCCUUAGCUUCAGUCUUCCAGCUCUCAGGAUGGAGUCAGGCUCUAGGGCUGCCCCUACCCUUUUCCCAGCUGGCCCCCUCACCCCCAGUGUCUUCCCUUUGCUCCUGGUGGUAAGCCUACCUCACUAGGGUCCGGGAAGGAGACACAUCUGCAGAGUUCGUACCAGGACAGUCAGUUUUAUUUGACAGGAAGGCACCCUGGUCCCUUGGCCCAGAGGGGAGCCAGUUGGUUGAUGGUCUGAUAAGAGGACUCCAAAAGAGGACCCCUUCCUCCUUUCUGGGUGCAGGACCUCAUACUGGGCUGAGGUGCAGCCAUGCCAGAGCCUGCCUACGAGCCUCAAGGAACAAAGGGCAUCUGUCCUGGGCACUGCAGUCAAUAAAUUAUGGUCAGAAAAGUUAA